AUUGAUUUCUUCUUCUUUGCCAAACCUUCCUCCAUCAAAGCCCUCAAAUCUUCACUAAUUUGCCCCCAUUUUAUUCCCCAUUCUGUCUUAUCCUCUCCUUUCCCUCCGUUAUCAUCUCUUUUUUUUUUUUAGACCUUUUCUGGGUUCAUCCUGAACCCAGGCGUGACUUGGGCUCAUCGCGCCCAAGUUCAUCUUGGGUUUGCGACGAACCCAAAGCACGCUUGGGUGGUUCGUCCUGGGUUCUUGACAAACCCAAGAUGAACCUAGCUCACAAGACUAGGUUGUCAACGAACCCAUCUUGCGCCUAGGUUCAUCACAAACCCAGGCACAAGCUGGGUUCUCAAUCUCUGCCAAAAAAAAAAAAAAAAAGCAUGUUCUUCCCAAACAAACAACUCCAAAUCGAAUUCGAUGAGUUGCAAUGGGUGUAGCGUUUUGCGAGAGGGAUGCAGUGAGUCCCGUAUUCUGCGUCCCUGUCUUCAGUGGAUCCACAGCGUCGAGGCCUAAGACCACGCCAACGUUUUCAUCGCCAAGUUUUUUGGCCACUCUGGCCUUAUCUCCUUCCUUUCCGUCAUUCCGGAAUCUCAUCUUCUUGGAUGGUGAAUCUGGUGCACGACUGGUAGGGCUGCUAUGGAUGGGGAACUGGCAUGUGUGCCAGGUGGCGGUGGAGACUAUUCUCCUUGGUGGAACCCUCUGACCGUUGUUGGAGUUGAUGGUUUCUUUACAAGCAUCCGAUGAAACUUCGGAAGCAACCUGGAUGGAUACUCGGAAGCUCCCAUAAACAAUGAAUCUGAAC